AUGCCACCAAGAUAUCCUAGUCGCAAUAAAGCUCCACCACAACCUCCAAAGUCGAGUGACGAAAGCUCUGUUAGUCCCGACCAAGAAGAUGGAGAUGAUAUUAUACAGAUAUUUGCUGCUUUACAUAAUCGUAUGGAGAAAAAAGCCAAACAAAAACAAAGUAGACUCGCUUCGGAAUGCGAUGCUACCAUUCAAUAUAUUACUGAUUUGUCUGCUGAACUUGUGAAACGACAUAAAUUUGAAUUAAACACUAAAAUUGGCGAAUAUAAACGAAAGCACGAAGAGCUAGAACAAGAACGAUUAGAUAUUGUCAAAAAGUUGAGAUUGGAAGAGGCCAAAUAUUUGCAAAACCACGACACAAUUCUCAAUGAGCUGAUAAAAUCAGAAACGGCUCAACUGAAAACAUAUCAGGCCUUUGAGCGAAAAUACGGAUCUUUUAUUGAAG